AUGUUGCACAAGGAAAUGUCGGGAUGUUUCCAUGUAAACUUGCUGUUUAAAGAAAUACAAAACCUAGCGUCACACGUCACGCCUCAGACAUGGGGCCCUGGAGAGGCAAAACCAACAUGAGUGACAACAAACUCGGCUUAUCGGCAUGAACCUCGCUGCCUGCUUCAUCCACUGUGUGCGCUUCUGCUGGGUGUUUCUCCCAGCUCGGCUGCCUAAUUUGGUCAGACACUUCCCCCUCGGAAAAAAAAAAACAAUCUAUCGUAACUGGGUAUCAUUUUCGCUCUGAGUUCAGUGAAGGGAAGAGACAGUUCGUAGAAAGAAACAUGGAGAAAGCAGACCUGCGUCGAAGCGCGUUGUAAAACAGUCGUUUAGUCUCGUUUCUGUGACCCCACCACCUCGGAGUCGUGAAAAUGAGGGUUUUAUUUGUCCAGACCCUUAAGAUCGCGAAGAAGAACGAAGCAGUUGUUGGAGAAGUUGGAAACUGGAAUACAAGUGAAUGUUCCGGAGACUUCAAUCGCUAAAAAUACCUCCAAGAGACAUGGAUCCUCCGAACCCGUCCCGGGUCCAGAAGGCGAUGGAGCGGUUCGGGGGGACCGGAGUCCUGGCGGUGCCGUGGACGUGGCCCAUCUGGACUAUACUGUUUGAACACCUCAGGUUCUUGGUUCAGGUGGUUUGCUGUACCUUCUGGACAGUUUUCCAGAUGUGCCGACUCGAAGUGCACUUGAGGAUUACGGAUGAGACGGGGCACCAUGUCCAGCACAUGGGCGCCGGAGGAAAUGCUGGCCCGUCCUUCAUCAUCUCCUCUCUGCUGGACAGCAACAGCAGAGUCGUCGUCUCCGGGUCGAACCACGUAGCCCUGCGCGGCGCGACCGCCUGCGCUGGAAACUCCGAGGCGGGCUCCUUGAUUUCAAGCCUGCAGGCCGAAGACAUCUGCCGCAGCUUCGUGGACGACUUCGUCUUGCGAGCCGCGGAGUGCUUUGCCGACUCGGUCCCGUCUGACGGCGCCAUCCCUUUGCCACCACAUUCCCGCCUGGACAACCUCGCUGGCCAUUGCAAAGCGUUUCUGCCACCGGAGAGGGAGAGCGGCGAGGAGGUGUACCCCGAGAGCGUAACAGAAGAGCCCCUGACACCCUUUCCCUCUCCUGUCGUUGUGGGAAACCAGGACGAUUCUUUCUGGGAUGAUGAUGAUGAUGAUGAUGAUGAUGGCGAAGAUGCUGAGGACAGCCAAGUGCUAUGGGAGUCCUUUACAAAACUGGACGACCCCUACAACCUGCUCUGCUUCUCGGCUUGCAUUUCAAGCCGCUCUCCGGAGGACAGUUUGAAGUCGCCCCCUACGAAGGCGGCAGAGGCGCUUGAUGCCAAAAGUGAAAGCAGCUCCUCUGGCAGCGACACCGAAGAGCUCCGAAAGACGAAGAUCACAGAGCGACGCCAGGCCCUUGGCCGCUCCUGCCAGGACAGCGGAAGCGACUGGGAGUGCUCCAGUGAGGACGACGAAGGGGACCCGGAGGAAAAUCAGAAACUAUGGGAGUCGUUUGCUAAAUCCUCGGACCCUUACAAUCCUCUGCGCUUUACAGCUCGUGCUGGGAAUUCGAGCCCAAAGACUGCUCUGUGUGGGGAGAAGAAGCACUCAGAUUCAGAGGAAGAAGGCGAACAUGACAGCCCAACUUUCGGUCUGGACACGAAGGAAAAAAAGCCCUGUGAUGAGCUGUCCUGUAAUUUGAAGGAAAGCGACGACCUCUGGAACUCCUUUUCACAAAGCACUGACCCCUACCACCCUUUACAUUUCCGAGCUUGUCUAAAAACCUCUCCCCCCUGCAAGCAAAGUCCCCGAGGUGAAACUAGCGCUUCACAUGUUUCACAGCAGGUCGACCGCUCAAAGCCAGAACUGCCAAAAAGACAGUUUAAGCAUUACUGUCCCGCAAGAAUAUCUGACAGCCCCCAGCGUGCCGUCUGGAAGAAGCCGUCAUGCGUGAACACUCUAGAUGUGGAAAAGACAGGCAGAAACACUGAAAAGAAGGUGUCGUUCUCUCCGGUUGUGCAGGUCCAUGUCAUGCACGCUUGGUCGUUUGCUCUGCGGGCUGCGCGGAGAGGACCCUGGGAGGAGAUGGCCCGCGACAGAGCCAGGUUUCGCCGCCGAAUUGAGGAGACGGAGAAAGCUAUUGGGCACUGCCUCAGCACGGCGCACAGGGAGAAGAUUCUGGCCUCUUUACAAAGCACAGCCAGCAAAAACACUCCACCAGCAGCUAUGACCUGAAUUGAAAAUCCAAACCGGCCUGACUAGUUUGCACAUUAUAAAUUUAUUGCACUGAUUACUUUUCUAAUUUAACUUAUUUGGAUAAUGUACAGUUUUGGACUUCUGUGCUUCCAGGAACAUAGAAUGUGCAUUUAGUCAAGAGAACAAACUUUGCCAUCGACUUCUAUUUUGGCAUUUUAAUACCUCUGUUUGAAUGUUCUAUGAACAAUAUUUUUGUAGAUUGUAAAGGUUUUUUUUAAAAAAACUUAUAUUUUGAGUUGCAUGUUUGAAAUCUGUAGCAUUAUAUUAAAAAAUCUUUUUAAAUUUGCUAUGCCAUUGUCUGUAUCAAUAAAGUCCAGUUUUUUGGUGA